CCAUUAUAAAAAUCUCGAAAUCAAUUCGAAAAUUUUCCCAGAUUAACUUACGUAAUCUAAAUAUUGUUCUUCCCAAAUUACAAAAUCCAAGACACACGCUCUUUCUCUCACUCUACAUUCUCUUUCUUUCUCUUUCUAGAUUAGAACACCCAGUUUACUUUCCAAGAUAUUGGAACUCCCCAGUUUGAUUAAAGAUUUGCAAUAAGAAACCACUGAUUUUGAGGUUUUUCAAUUACACACAAUCACAAACAUUCAUUUCUACUGUUUGAAAAAGGAGAGAGUAGGUUUUCUGUGUGGAAUGUAAUAUGAAAUUGUGGAGAAUACAAGAACAGUAUAUUAUAUUAUUCGAUUUUAAUAAAUGGGGGUAGCAAAAGCUUGGAGAUACACCGGAGGAGUUUUGGUGUUGGCUAAAAACCAUCAUCAUAAUCAUAAUCAUAAAAGCAACAAUCUGAAGCAGAAAAAUCAGCAGCAUUUGUUGUCUCGGCAUCAUCAUUGUUUGCUAUGGCAGCCGCUGGACACGGAGGCGGCGGUCGGUGGACAGAGGAGGCGGAUCUCGUGGACGGUGGUUUGUGGGGUGUUGUUGUUUGUUUUGGGGUUGAUAUCGUUUUUUACAGGUCAUGUAGCUUCUGAUCUUGAGUGGUAUUCACAUCGACUUGUUAAGCGCCGAUUGUGGAAGCACAAAGUGGUGCGGUUUAGCCCUGGACCCGUUGACAUAUGGAAAUCCAAGUUCUCAAAAUUCUAUUAUGGAUGCAGUGAAAGAAGCCCUUAUUAUGCACCUCCUGCUCGACAAAUGCUUUCAAAUGGUUAUUUACUAAUUGCUGCAAGUGGUGGAUUGAACCAACAAAGAACAGGGAUUACCGAUGCGGUAGUUGUUGCACGUAUUCUAAAUGCUACUUUAGUAAUUCCCGAGUUGGAUCAUCAUUCUUAUUGGAAAGAUGAUAGUGAUUUCGCCAAUAUAUUUGAUGUGGAUUGGUUUAUAUCUUUUCUUGCGAAUGAUGUUCCUGUUGUUACGCGGGUCCCGGAUAAAUAUAUGAGAUCACUUGAAAAACCACCGUACACAAUGCGGGUCCCACGGAAAUCAGAACCUCGAUUUUACCUUGAUGAAGUUUUGCCCAUACUCUUGAGGAGACGAGUUCUUCAAUUAACAAAGUUUGAUUAUAGGCUUUCUAGUGAUCUAGAUGAAGAGCUACAACGGUUGCGUUGUAGGGUGAAUUAUCAUGCUUUACGUUUUACAAAACCAAUACAAAAUCUUGGUCAAAAGAUUGUUAUGGAAAUGAGGAAAAUGGCUACUCGAUUCAUUGCAAUUCACUUGAGGUUUGAGCCCGAUAUGCUUGCAUUUUCGGGUUGCUACUAUGGUGGUGGUGAUAAAGAAAGAUUUGAGCUCGGUGAAAUUAGGAAAAGAUGGGUAACAUUACCCGAAACAAGUCCUGAUGGAGAGAGAAAGCGAGGGAAAUGCCCUCUAACGCCUCAUGAAGUAGGUUUAAUGCUACGGGCACUUGGUUUUGAGAAUAAUACGUAUCUUUAUGUUGCAUCGGGUGAAAUAUAUGGUGGAGAUGAGACUUUGAAGCCUCUUAGGGAACUAUUUCCAAAUUUUUACACAAAGGAGAUGCUUGCUAGUGAAGAGCUUCAACCUUUUCUUCCAUAUUCUUCUCAACUUGCUGCCAUUGAUUACAUUGUUUGUGAUGAGAGUGAUGUUUUUGUCACCAACAACAAUGGGAACAUGGCCAAAAUUCUUGCGGGACGAAGGAGGUACAUGGGGCACAAGAGAACCAUUCGACCAAAUGCAAAAAAGCUCAAUGCUUUAUUUUUCAAACGCGAGAAAAUACCAUGGGAAACAUUUGCUAAAAAGGUGAAAGCGGCCCAACAAGGAUUCUUGGGUGAACCAGAUGAGAUGAAAACGGGUCGUGGUGAAUUCCAUGAAUACCCUUCUACUUGUAUUUGCAAGAAGCCCUUCAAGUUUUCUGACCUUGAUAGCAACUACAAUGCAAACCAAACCCUCACAAAAUCAUCCUUCAACCCCGAAGCAGAAACCGAAUAUGGACGCAAUGAAGAAGAUCAAGGUGUGCAAAGUAUAGUAGAUGGAGGAGGUGUGGUGGAAGAGAAAGGUGGUGUUAACUUUUUGUCUGACUAAUGGCAACAAGAAACUUUGAUAGUUUUGUUUUUGGAUAUAUGUCUUGGGCUAAGUUGGCUCAGUGUUGUAUUUAUAUAUUUUCUGAAUGCCUAUUUUACCCUUGUGGUGUCAUGUUAGGGUUUUGAGUUUGAGUUUUAGAAGUGGCAUUUGGGUAUGAAAUGAAUCUGUGUAUAGACAAGUGUCGACUUCUUGUGAUAGUUUUUUUUUAUGGUAGGAGUAGCAAAUGGGUGUUAGUUUACAAGAUACUUGAACAUUCGGUUAAUUGGUUAAGUUUAGUUUGGUUUUGAAGAAUUAGGGUUC